AAUUGAAGCCUGCCCGCGUUCGCAGCCCCAUCAGGUUUGCAUCUUCUUCCAGCAGCAGCGAGUUUUUUUUUUUGGGUUCCAAGAGGAAAAUUAUUGGCCACUUCUUUCCGCAAUCCGGACCCGAUCAAACAGACCAGGAAGAGGACGACGACGACGACGGAUUUGUCCGACGAUGGCGAAUGUUGAGCGGGACAACAACAUGAUGAACGAAGAGCAGGAAUCGUCCCAGUCGAACAGUUCGAACGGUUCCGGAGCGACUCCGCAGCAGAACCAGUCCAGCUUUCAGCUCAAGUCGAGUAUUCUGCGGCAGCCUGCUACGUUCGGUUCCGGAGCGGGUGCUGGGGGAGGAUUGUUUGGCAGUGGUUCGUCGGCGUCGUCGGUGACGGCCGCAGCCGGGGGAGGUUUCAAUCUGAAGCCCAGUGUGUUGAAGCCGUCGCACUUUGGCGGGUCGGCCUUCCAGAACAACAGCAGCGGCAGCAACAGUUUCGGCUCGAAUCCAUUCCUGAAAACGCAGCAAAGCGAGGAGGAUCCGGAAUCGGAAGCUUCGGCCCAGCAGGCGCCGGAAACGUCGUCGGAUGGGACGGCCAAAAACGAUAAGGAUGAAGGCGGUUCGGAUCCGUUGACCGCGUUGAACCGCUCGACGCUGCCCAAGUCGAAUCUGUUUGCGAACGUGAAAUCCAUCAGCGAAAACAAGGGCUUCGUGUUUGGCCAGAAUGUCCACGAGCGGGUCACCGGCGGUGAAAACAUUGACGUGUCCGCCACUCCGACGGCCGGGCUAUCCUUUUCUAGUACGGUGGCCACGACGACGACCACCACCAACAACAGCAACGAUUCGUCCUCCUCCAACUCGACGACGCCGGCCUCGACAGCUGCCUCCGCUGCAGCAGGUUCCACCGGAAACAACGGCGAGAAGCCGGAAUCGACCGGCGGUAACGCUGAGGAAAGCCUGGAAGAAGCGGCCCGUCGGUACGAGGAAAGCCGAGGCGCCCUCAAGCGAAAGUUCGACGAAGUCGAAACAAUCACCGGCGAAGAGGACGAACGGAACGUGGCCGAGCUGAACUGCAAGCUGUUUGCGUUCGCCAAAAGCAACUGGGAGGAGCGCGGCCACGGUACGCUUCGCCUCAACGACUCGGAUGGCAGCAAAGAGUCGCGGGUGGUGUUCCGGCAGGCCGGCAACCUGCGAGUCUUGAUCAAUACCAAGGUUUGGUCCGGAAUGACUGCCGACCAGUCCAGCCAGAAGAGCCUGCGCCUCACCGCCAUGGACAACAACGGCCAGGUUAAAGUGUUCCUUGUGAUGUCCCGUCCGGAUGUGAUCGGCAAGCUGCACAAAGAGCUCACCAAGCGCAUCGAGACGGCGAAGGAGUUGGCCGCGGUCGCCGGCGAAGACCACGACGACGACGACAGCAAAGAGAACAACGACGAAAACGUGAGCGCCGCUGCGGCGGUCAAACCCAGCGAAGACGACGAGCACGCCACGCCGCCCGUUGUGGUCGUGGUGGGAGAUGGUGCCGGCGACGACGAACCGCCCAGCGCCAAGAAACGGCUCAGCGCGGCUGCUUCGCCCUAAAUCGCACCGAAUUACGAUAUCUCUUUCAACAAACAACAAAUUGCUGACAAGUCGAGUUAUUCCAAAAGUUCUACCAAUCAUGCAUUCGAGCAGAAAUUUACGCGAGAAUUUGUCAAACUAAACACAACACACAAAUCCGCACACACACACACACACAUUUACUAUGAAUUUAGAACAACACAACAAGAAUAAUAAAACAUCAAAAAUAAAACAUUAAAAAAAGUGCGAACUAUUCUUCCCAAAAAAAAAAAAUUAAAAUCGUCGUCUUAUCAAAAGAAAAAAAAAACUUUAUCACCAUCAAAAUUCACUUGGCUCCGUUAGUUUUUUUAUGUGUAGGCAACGUCUAGGUGUUUAUAAAAUUUAGAAAUCAAACAUUACGUUGAAAAAUUACAAGCGGCAGAGAGAAAGCGCGUAAAGUCGACUGAACUAAAGCAAUUAAUGUGCGUGUGUCGGGCAAAAAAUAAAAUGAGAGGAUGACGGCAGGAAGAAAGAAAAGCGCUGUACUCAAAAUC